ACUUGUAGCCAACAAAUUUGUAUGGAAUGGCUUGCAAAAGCAGAUAGGAACCUGGGCCAAGCAGUGAAUUGCUUGCCAGUCUUCCAAGGUCCAAGCACACAUCAGGGCCCGUCUGGAGUAGUUCAGUGUCCCACAUCGUCAGUUCGACCACAUCCAUGUGGACCUUGUAGGACCACUUCCACCUUCCAAUGGUUUUACUCACCUACUUACUUGUAUCGAUCGUUUCUCUCGUUGGCCUGAAGCGAUUCCUCUGAAUAAUACCAACUCCGCCAAUUGCGCUCAAGCUCUAGUCUUCCACUGGAUUGCUCGUUUUGGCGUACCACUUGGCAUAUCAUCUGACAGAGGGCCGCAGUUCACUUCACAACUUUGGACAUCUAUUUCUCGGUUGCUAGGUACACAACUUCACCAUACAACAGCCUACCACCCUCAGUCGAACGGCCUGGUACAAAGGUUUCAUCGCCACUUGAAGUCUGCCUUGCGAGCACGCCUCACUGGCCCCAACUGGGUGCGGGAGCUACCUUGGGUACUUCUGGGAAUUAGAACAGCGCCUAAAGAAGACUUGGGGUGUUCCUCAGCGAAAAUGGUGUAUGGCUCCACUCUUACAGUGCCUGGAGAAUUUAUCCCUGGCUUUGCUGACACACUCUCUGACACCAGUUUACAUCUCCGUCAACUGCGCGACCAAGUACGCUCACUCAUCCCAGUUCCGACAUCUCAGCAAGGCACCGCAGCUACGUCUGUUCCCCACAAUCUGCUGCAGGCCAAGUUUGUUUUCAUUCGUCGUGACGCUCAUCGCACUCCUCUCCAACUGCCCUAUGAAGGCCCUUUCAAAGUCAUACAUCCUGGCCCCAAAACCUUCCAAGUAGACAUUGGAGGCAAGAGCGAAAUAAUCACAGUAGACCGACUCACGCCAGCUCACAUGGACCUGGAACAUCCCGUCAAAGUAGCUGAGCCCAGACGUCGUGGACGACCGCCUAAGCAUCCACCAUCUUCGCCUGAUUAUGUACCUCGAAACAAAACCUCUAACGGCAUUCAACCGCAGAGCACCUGUUCAGGUCGUCAAGUUAAGGUCCCACUGCGUUACAUCUCGGUUCUGGGGGAAGUGGUGUAGCGGACGGAAGUCGUAUAAUUUGUACACCUCACUAAUUAGCUAGUGUGUUGCGAACCUCAUGACUUUGUGUCAUUUUUUACCGGCUUUGGGCAGUUGUGUUUUAUCGUUGUGUCAAGUAGUUGGCCUUUUGCUACAAUAUUAUCACUAUCAGU